AUGCCGAAUAAUCCUCAGCAUCAGUUCAGAAUAGUCAAGAAGUGUCCGAAAGCAUGCAAGCGAUGUCGCUCCAUGAAAGUCAAGUGCUCCGGCGCUCAACCUUGCACUAGGUGUGGUCGCAAGAACGAAACAUGCAUAUACGAAGCCGAAGAGAAGAAGGUAUCAGUUCCUGAGAGUUAUCUCCGUGCCUUGGAGAGCCGUCAAGAGGCGCUCCCGACCCCCGGCUCCCUCCGUGACAACGCCGGUCCCUUCCGGCCCCGCCCUAGACACUCAUCCGUCUCCGAUUAUGGGUCCUUGACCGUGGUUCCACCUGACGGAUCCGUCGUGUCCGGUCAGGUGGAACCGGAGGAGGGUCUCACUCUUGGGACUCCCGAAGCCGAGCAUGAUGAAGAUGAGCAAGAGCCGGGCUCUCUAUCGGGCAAUGAAGUGCUCGAGCCGGCUUUCCGACAGAACCCCCUCGUGGAUAAUGACUAUGUGUUUGGACGAGCACUUGGACGAUACUGGUACAUGGGCCCGGCAUCAUCCUGGGCAUUUUGUAGACGAGUCUUGGCCCUUCUUGGCAAGAAUAUUCCAGAAACCAACAAUGAGUCUUUUCCUUGGCAUCUUGACGGAGUGGCAUUCCGUCUACAAUGGAAGCCUCUGAUGCCUGAUGAACCGCCAGACGUGUCCAACCUCCCCCCUUCUGAUUAUGCCCUCUUUCUCAUUCAGACAGCGAGGUUUUACCUGGGUCCGCUAGCAUCUCUCAUCGACGAGACAGAGUUUAUCCGUCACAUUAGGGAGCUUUACGAGGAUGCCUCAGCCAAAGCGUCAUCAUGUAAGCUGUGGUAUGCUCAGUAUUUGCUGAUGCUGGCAUUUGGCAAGGCAUUCCUCAGUGGAAGAAACGCCGAUGGAAGCCCGCCUGGAUAUCAGUAUGCCGCCAGAGCCAUGCAGUUGAUGCCUGAGCUGGCGGGUAUUGCUCUGGAUCCAGUGCUGUCCGCCCAGGCACUUACCCUGGCGGCUAUCUACUUUCAAUCCAUUGAUAUGAGGGUAGCUGCCUUUCAGCAUAUAGGGCAUGCCCUCCGUAUCUGCGUGCUAUCUGGCUUCCACAGGCAUAUGCCGGAAGAGGCCGUUGGCGCUCAACACUCCAAGCGCUGCCACAAGAUCUUUUGGGUCGUCUACAUGCUAGACCAGGAGUUUGCUGCCCUCAUCGGCGCGACGAGCUCCAUUCGUGACGAGGAUAUUACCAACAAGCUACCUUCCCAGGCGGAUAACUCCUUGAACGCGCUUAGUCUUACGCUUCACGUUCAAUUAGCCCGUUUAAUAGCGAGAAUCCUCGGAACGGUUUAUGGCGUUGGCAAAGAUUACGAUGGGACUCUUAUCAGCGAUACGCAAUCCAUCCUGAGAAACCUGGCCGAGUUGAAUCGAGAUUUGAACGCCAUUAUUAAUAACCAUUUCCGGGAUUCUAUCAGUAAAGCUUCCAGAACGGCGACAAGACUUCUUUUGCAAUAUCACCACUGUGUGGUACUUACGACCCGACCCCAGAUAAUGUGCGCGUUACACAUGCACAUGGAGCAGUCGAAGACGCAAGUUACUCGGGGACUGACCCUGUCUCGUCCCGUCUCGUCGUUAAUACAAUCCUGCGUCGACUCUGCCAUAGCUAUCCUAAAGACACUUCGUGCCCUGGCCGAUGAGGACCUCAUUGAGGCAUUCUUGCCUUUUCAAAUCGAAUACGCCUCGUCCUCCGCCUUCCUUCUCCAUCUCAUCCCUAUUAUAUGCCCAUCACUCCUACCAGACUAUUCAUGGCGGGACGACGUUCGAUAUGUUCUUGACACUUUAAUUGCCAAAGGAAGCCUGGCUGCACCUCUCCGGAAGGUUGAGUUGGAGCAACUAGAGCAGAAGCUGUCUGCUCUGACGCCACCGAGCGACAUUGCAAGUCCUCCGCCUCCUGCCGAGAUGCAUGAAACCCAACUAGAACACGGCGGUCCUGAACAUGUUCAGCCGCACGCCCCUGACGAAAUGGGAUGGGAUCUUUUUGCGGCUAAUGCCAUGGCUGGAUUGACUCCUGGGGAGUUGCUGGAUCUAGCGGAGCAACUGGAUGUGGAUAGCUUUCUUUACCAGCCCGAGUUGUAG